AUGUCGCUACAACCACAGCAGAAGCCCAGAUCACGGUCUUUGCAGCCAUUGGGCCCACCGGAAAUCAAAACCUCGCGGCCGUAUCCCGUUCGUCUGGAUCAGAUCGAAACGGAGAACAACUACAGGUUGAUAUCGGAAUACCAGAAGGAGAUCGCCAGACACUACAGAAAUCUUGAGGUGAAUUCUGCUGUUGAGCCCAAGUGCAUUGAUCAACAGCCCGAGCUCGAAUGGUACAUGAGACCGUACCUCAUUGAUUUUUUGUUGGAGAUACACGCGUGCUACAAGCUGAAGCCCCAUACCCUGUUCUUGACCUGCAAUAUCAUCGACAGAUACUGUGCUACGAGACAGGCUUAUAAGCACCAUUACCACUUGGUGGGCUGCACCGCCCUCUGGAUCGCCGCCAAGUACGAGGACAAGAAGAGCCGAGUGCCCACGGUGAGAGAGCUGGUUGCAAUGUGCCGUAACAACUUUGACGAGAACAUGUUCAAGGACAUGGAGAUUUGCAUUCUUAAGACUUUGAACUGGUCCUUGGGCCAUACGUCUCUGGAAGAUGCCCUGCAACUAGCGGUUACCUGUGCCAGAGACGAUUCUGACCCGCGGUUCAAGAAAGACAGCCAGAUGGAGUGUGCUACCAUAGUGGUUGGGAGAUACCUGUGUGAGUUAUCGCUCUUCGAAAGGGCAUACUUGUGCUUUCCAACCUCCAUGGUGGCCACUGCGGCUCAUUUGAUUGCAUGCUCCAUGCUGGAUAUCCCAAUUGGGGCCAAGUCGCUCGAGAGAAUCACCCUGGCCUAUGAGGUCAACAGCAGAAGGAAAAUGAUGAGAGAGAACCGAGGCGAAAACUCGGAAAACACAGAGCCAAAGGUGUAUGCUCCAUUGGUGAUAGAUUUUGAAGGUCUGGAGACCGUCACGCAACUGCGGCAGCUAGCACUGCUGUUCGUCAAGUCCCUGAGAAAGCCGUCAGAGCUGCUUUUCACCAAAUACCGUUCCCUGGGAGUCAUUGGAAUAGUCAACGAUUUCAUGAUGAGAGAAGAGACUGUGCUGAGCAAAUUGAACCCUGUUUUGGAGUCUGUUUCGAGAGAGGCAGACGAGCCUUUUUUGAGCAAUCUACUGUACAACCCUCAGGUCGUCUCGAUUGCCAACAUCGUCCUGGGCAUUGACCUCAAUUGGGACCAGAUGAUCAAGGACGAGGUUUCCCAAGAACUUCAGCCGGUCUUUGCUUCUCCCUUUGCGGUUCCUAAUCGUCCGCCAAUUGCGCAGUACAUGCCCACAACUCCAUACCGUUACACACGCACCAACUCGGGCUCCUCUCCAAUGCCAAUGACUCCUCCUUCCGUGACGUCGCAAUCAUCCACUUUUUCGUCCUUUUCGUCGCAGACGUCCUACUCAUCAUGUCCGCCUUCUGAGAACUUGAACGACAGCAUGGUUGACAUCAUCUCGAAGGAUCCAAAGAAGACGCAUAACAGUCGCGACAGCACAAACACAAUAGACAUGCGUGGAGAAGGAACCCCCACGCUCCAGGACAAGUAUGCAAGCCAUUAUCCCACGUCUUCUCCAAUUGACAUGUACGACGAGAAUGAGAGCUAUUCCGAUGCCCACAGUUAUCCCAUGACCAGUCCUCUUUCGUCCCAGCUGGAGUUCUAG